AUGCAUUCCUCCACCAAAAAGUGGAAGGCUCCCCGGGUCAAGGCCCGCGAGGAGGGCCAACGCAAGCUCAAAGCCAGAAAGCACAUAUGUCCUGAAUCGCCCUUCUUCACGGAGCAUUUCAAUUUCCAACAGCACGAUACAAAGAUGCUCAAGGAGAAGGAGAUGUAUCUUGAGCGACUUGUACCCGUCCACAUCCCAGUCGAGCCUNUUCAGGGGAUGAUCUUCGCCCCCGUUGUGCUUGAGGUCUUCGACGAAGACUAUCAAUACAACGAUCCUUCAUCUCUCGAGGGCAAGUUCUUGCAGACUUCGUGCAGUCCGGUACUCUGUAUGCCCACCGUCUGGCAGAGAGACUUCGAUCAGAACAAAUACUUCGUGUACCCGGCCAACGCUCACACAACCUCCACCGUCGCCCUCUUCCCUUCCACUCAGGAGCUGAAGUUCGAAGGCAAUGACAGAAUCGCAACCAGCAUCGAUCACCGCCGUUACUUCCCUGCACCUCGUCAUCCAUGCAACCAAACCGUUAAUUGGACUGUCCGCCCAUAUCUGAAGCCUCAUCAGUUUGACCAGAUCCUGGAGAGCCACGCUCCCACUGAGGAGGAGAUCUUCACAUACGAUUGGGAGAUUGGUCUCCCCAACGAUGAAGAUCUUCAGGUCGGUCGUCCAGUUCCAGUCAACAAGGAGAAUGGCAAUUCUGGCGAUGAAGACGUCAACAAUGACGAUCCUUACGAUGGUAUCAAAGCUACUCGCCUGCUUGGUCACGACCUCCUCGCAGCUCUCGACCCCAAGAACGUCUAUUUCUGA